AAGACAACUUGGAAUUCAGCUAAGCUAGCAUAUUGUUCUGAAAAGUGAAAUAGGUCUAUAGUGUAAGCUAAAGAUUGGAAUAACAUCUUUCUCAAAUCUGGGAAACGUUUGCUACUGACAUUCUGAAAAAUAACACACCCUUUUCUUUCCCAGUGUAAAUUACCAGUACUAUAUUACUAUAGUAUCUGAUUUUUUUCUCACUACCUUCCACACAAGCCAAGAAAAGUGACUCGCCGAGAAGUUUGAUCACGUGACACAACCAUUGCCCACUGAUCUGUGCUCAUUGCCGGUGCCCCGCCCAUCUCGUAUCAAGGCACGCCGCACAGAGCAAACGAACUCCUAACCCCGCUGCUUCAUACCACGCAAUCCCCGAGCCAGUGGGAGUAGCAAGUGUUGUGUGCACACACGAACCGUACGUUGACACUAGGGUCUUGGCUUCGCGGAGACGGAGGACUCUUACAAUCUCAAGUCGAAAGCUCGAAUCAAGGAUAACUUUUAACAUUGGAGCUAGUAACAUAUAACCUGAAAUAAGAGGAAAUUUUGAGUUUUAAUACCAAACAUCAUAUUUUUACAGAAGCGGUCACUGGAGAACAUCAACCUAAAACAUCAUGUCUGCGAUGAAUUUGAAAUACAAAUUUGGAUUGAUCAACUCAGCCGGUAGAUACCUGACGGCCGAGAAGUUUGGUGGCAAAGUCAACGCCUCGGGGGCAUCACUAAAGUUAAAACAAGUAUGGACCUUAGAGCAAGACGAAAACGUCAGCUACUUGAAGUCACACACUGGGAAUUAUCUCUCAGCAGAUAAAAAUGGUAACGUCUAUUGCGAUUGUGAUGACAGGGCGAACAACAAGGACACAGGAUUCUCUAUCGAGAUACAGGAUGAUGGUAAAUGGGCCCUGAAGAAUGUUACACAUGGGAGGUACCUGUCUUGUAACAAUGACGAGCUGAUUUGUAAUCAAUCCAGUGAUUCCAAUCCUGCCGUGCACUGGACAGUGCAGUUGGCCAUCCACCCACAGGUCUGCAUGAAGAACGUCCAGCAGCAGUUAUACGCACAUCUGAAAAGAAGCGAGGAUGGUGAAGACAGAGUAGUCGCCGACGAGAUGGUACCAUGGGGAGCAGAUUCUACAUUGACCCUUGUCUAUGGAGGGAAAGGAAAGUACUGUCUUGAGGCCUUCAACGGGAAGUUUGUCCAAUCUGAUGGGCAGCUUGUUGAUAGCAUCAACGAAAAGACAGAGUACACCCUCAUCUUCAAUUCCGGUAACUUGCAACUAAGGGACAACAGUAGAAGCUUCUUAGGAGUGGACAGCGGAACAAAGGUUCUGAGGUCGACCAGCAAGAUGACAAAAGCAACUUCCUUUGUCCUGGAGGACAGUUGCCCACAAGGUGCCUUCGUGCUUGGCGAAAAAUAUGCAUCACUCAAACAAGGUGAAGAUGUUUCAUUCAAGCUUCUGGUCGAUGAAGAGAUUGAGGACACAGAGACCUUCCAGCUGGAAUUUGUUAAAACCGAUACAUACGCUAUUAGGGUUUGUGACUUCAAGAAGAAUAGGGAAGCCAAGUACUGGAAGAGAUAUGCUGCUGGUAUCCAGGCUAAUGGCACCUCAAAGGACCAAGCGGACUGCCAGUUCGCUGUCGAAUACGAGGGCAAGUACAUGCGUCUGCGUGCUCCGGGUGGCAAGUACGUCGGUGUCCGGGACAACGGCCAUCUACUUCUUCAGGAUUCCCCGAAGGACUUCAUCUUCCGUCUGAUCAACCGUCCAAAGUUGGUGCUGAAGUGCACGCACGGAUUCGUCGGGGCAAAGGAUGGCAAGGUGGCCUGCAACCGAUCCAACUUCGAUGUCUUCACCGUGACGUACAAGGAUGGUGGAUACACUAUCCAAGAUUCCAAUGGAAAGUACUGGUCUUGCGAUGACAGUCAGAACACCAAGCCCAUCGUUCUUGGCGAGGCACCUGGUAUCUUCUUCUUUGAAUUCCAUGAGCUCUCCAAGUUUGCCAUUCGAGCAGAAGGUGGUGAUUUGAUCAAGGGCGAGCAGAGUGGCUUGUUUACCGCCAAUGGUACCAAUGCCUCAUCAAGUGAUAACACGUUGUGGGAAUUCUAAAUCAAUUGGGCUUGAAAUAAGCCAACUCCAAAGUAGCUAUGUAUAGAGCAGCUUACCAGCCAGCCACUCUAUCUAUUAUAACACUUGCAAAUAUUGUACAUUUUUUUAAUACAAACAUAUUUUUCAAAGGUGCAUAAUAAUUAUGUUUAACUGUAGCGAGAUUGUUGGGAUCUUUUUGUUUUUUCAUUGCCUUGCGUACUGACUUCCAUUUUCUCUUAUUUUUCAAGGGAUACAUUAAUCAUUUCAUAUAGAUCGAAAGGAAAGGUUUGUAGAUUUCUUGAAAGUUAGUAGAAGAAGAUGAAUAAUUGCGAUCUUAUAAUUUUGAAGCUGUCUUUGUUGACGCACUAACUCUCUUCGUUCCUCUCCUUGGCCUCAACAAAUGAUUACAUCAAGUGAGAAAAUGGUACCUACUUAACAUUAGAUUCGAAAUUGGGAGCAUUCACAAUGGAUUUUUCUGAAAGAUUGAAAUUAUAAUUCCAUUCACCCACAUCAUUAUCAUUGACAACUCAUGCAAUCCUGAGGCGCUGAACAGCUAAAGCCACUCCGCUCGUCCGGGAACUGUGUUGUGUUAUUCUGUUUUAAAAUGGAUGUUGUAACAAUACAGUCAGUCUUUGAUUCCAUCUUCCAACUGGAUCUUGUUUGGAAUGGUGAUGAAUGUACCUUUGAUGACUAAUUCUAGAAAAACAAAAAUAUGCUGAUCAGAAGCUUCUCUUGUCACAUUUAAAACCGUAGAUGGUGUAUACAUAAUGAGAAAUGAUUUUGAAAAUAAAUUGUGAUUAAGAUUUUUCCUUUUAAAAUCCACUAUCUGAUUUGAUAUUUGCAAUAAUGUUUUGAUUAUGAUUUUGCAUACUAUGACACAAAUGUUUGUAAGCAUCGUAAAGUAAUAUUCAUUUUACUGUUAGGCAUAAUGGAUUAUUUCUUUUUUCCAUGAUGAAACAUACAUUCUGAUUCUGAACAAAAUCUUGCUAUGCACAUUUCUGACUACAUAAUUAAAACAUGGAGCUACUAACGUGCUCCAUGAUUAAAACAAAUUAUAUGUGUAUUAUCUCAAGUAUACUAUUCUUAUUAUUAUGUAAUGUUGUUUGUUUGGCAUAUAUAUAGCACUGCUUCAUGCUAUCAAAUUACACAUUUUGCAUUCCAUAAUGAUAUUGCUAAAAUGAAUGUGCGCAAUUAGGCCUCCACUUUCCGUACUUUCGUCAUAUUCGCUUCAAUUUCAAUGGUGUAUGAAUUGUUUACAUCUGAAUAUUGUAUCUCAUGCAUUAGGUAUUUAUUUCCCCAUGAUGGGCAAUGUGGAUUUUUGUUUGUAAUUGUAUCCUGCAAAAAUCAUUCAUUAAAUGGUAUAAUUUCCUUCAAAUUUUAGUUUUUCUUGUUCAGUUAUUACUCCACCCUGUAUAAUUCUGUAGAUAUUUUUGCAAGCCACAUUCCUAAAAAUAAAAAAUAAUAAAAAGAAUGAUUGUAUUGAUCAUAUCAAAAUAGUGUUGAAUGUAGACAUGGAAGUACAAUUCCAAAUCCACAGACUUUGUAACUAUUACAGUAAAGUUAAAACCGAAAUAAAGAGAUUUUCUGCACAAAUGACAAAGUCAUAUCCUAACUUUCAAAUGACGGAUGUGUUUAAUGACCUUAGUGUUGGUAUAUUCUUAUGCAGCUAAAUGCUUGUACAUGUGUGAUUUUAAACACAUGAAUACUUGCUUAUAUUAUACUUCUUGCUGUCUUAGGAAUUUCAUAUAUCAUUCCAACUAUAUGUGACAUGUUUAUCCAUUAUUAUUAUUUUUUUUUUAGUUUAAUUUUAUUUUUGGUCUUUCAGAUGUGUACUACGCCUGUAAAUAUUCUUCUUUUUUAACGCCAUGAUGUAUGUUACAUUAAUUUAUGUAUUAUAGCACCAGUGAAACGUUUAAAACUAUUUCUGCAUCAGAUUUAAUGGCGUAGCAAUUAAGUUAAAUUUAAAACUUAACACUGAGAGUUUUCAGUAUUGUAUAUUGUUGACUUGUUCUCGUUAGGCAGUUAAGAGACUGAUUGAAUCAGACUAGGUGAGAAAAAAAAAGUUAUGACUACCAAAAGAGAUUCAGAUUUUAUAGAAAAGUAAUAUUGUAAUUGUUAUAAAUGUUAUGAAUAUAAUGAUAUUCUAAUUUGCAAGGUAUUGAAGGUUUAUUUGCUGAAGAAAUUGUGAAAAAUCAACCUAUUUCCUUCUGUUAUCUUUUCAUAUACCACUUUAUAGAUAUUCUGUUUGCGUAUUUAAGAGUACCAUAUAGCAAUAUAAUUUUUGUAUCAUAAAUUUUUGUUGGAGUAUAAUUAGCACUGCUAAAUCGUUAACUAACUCUUUUAUUUUCUAACACUUUUGGAAUCGUCCGGUACAUUCAUUCGUUGAAUAUGACGGCGUUUCUUUAAUCAGCUAUGCACUGUCAAAAAUAAAAUGUAGGUAUUAGAUUUAAAAACACGAAUAUAUAUGUACACCCUUAAAUGCUAGAAUGCGCCGGUUUUUUAACAGGGUACGCAUAGCGCACGGUCGUGAACUUUUAUAAAAAGAGGUUGAUGAAAACAAUUUGCUAACCAUAAUAGUAAUGUUGAAAAAAAAAUGGUUUAUUGCAUGUAAUAAACGGCCUUAUAAAUGGGAAA